AUGGCCGAGGCUCCUAAAGCGCGGGCCAGGUCCCCUUCCCGGCCUCCCCCACCGCCUGCUAUCUUUUAUGGGCCGGUGGGUCCGGGGAACCCGGUGGUCGAUAGCUUCGAGAAAGACUUGCACGAGUGCCUGAGCUUCUUGCGGCGAAACCGGGAAGCAGAAGACGCCGGUUCCAUGUCGCAGGAGCUGCACAGAAGAGGAGCAACAACUUUGUUUAAUAUUUGGAACAAGUACAAACACCGAUUUCCAGAUUCGUAUUACAAAGAAAAACUUGUGAAAGUUGGUGAUCAGCUCAUGGAAAUAAAAGAAUAUAAACUGGCACUUGUACAGUGCUAUGGGCAGUAUCUUCAACAGGUCAGUGCCGUAGACCUCGACAUGCCUGAAUUAGAUGUGCAUCAAUUUCAGUCUAGUUUUUUCCCAAAUGGAGUUAGAGAUAAAACAGCUGCAGUUACAUUCCAUGUGUUGCAAGCAAGGAAUGUUUGUAUGUACAAAAUCGUAUGUAACAGUGAUAUGGAUCUUCUGAAUCAGGAGUCUUUGAAGACAUGUUUCACAGUCUUGUCCAUAUUGCGACUCAUCAUGCAGAUCACUCUGCCACAUGAGCAUUUGUGUUGGAUUGUCUAUAAUGGUACGAUUUAUGUGUAUACCAUAUGUAGACAUUUGAUGACUGUUGGUCAAUCUGCUAAGGUGCUAGAAUAUUUACUGUGGGCCUGUGUAUGUAUGGAGUCAUCAGUUCCAAUUUUAGCUGUGCAUUACUUGACAUGGAGAACCACACUUUAUGCUGCUGUUUGCCAGUGUUAUUAUGACUGCCAGUUGGGCAUUCACGGAGAGGUAUUUGCACGCCGUGGUCUGAGCAAAAUCGAUGAACUAAAACAAAUGGAAAACCUGAGUUCUUCAUCAUUACAUGUGGAAACAAAGCAAAUAUUCAAAGAAGCCACUGUGAAGAUGGCCACAAUGAUCUUCAAAAGAUCUGCAUUUGAACCCAGAAGAAAGCCAAAAGGGUUUCUUCGACCAAGACUGAAAACUAAUCUAAGAGAAGCACAAUAUCUGCCAUGGCCUCGUACGAUCACAGAACGGCUACUUCUGGAACUCUUUGACUGUAAUUCAUCUCAUUUUUUUGCUAUCCUGGAAGCUCUGUUUGAUAGAAAUAGGAGGACUCUGAUCCCUAGUCCUCCUGUUCCUGAUGAAUUAGAAAUCCAUGAUGUGGUUUCAGAGCUCUUUUUUGCAGGCAUGGACAUUGUUUCAGGUGGUGUACAUGGAAUCUCAUCCUCUGAUCAUCCUGGUGUAAUAACUGCAUCAUCAUCACUUAUGGAGCUAAUAUUAGCAGGAAAGAGUACUGUUACUGCAGAAGCUACCUUGAGGUUUAUGAAGAUGGCAUUCAGCUAUGAAGAAUGGGAUGCAUUUGAUCAAACAGCUGGAUUAUUUUUUACUUUUAUUAAGAGUCAAGAUAAUUCAUUAUGGAAGAAGGCAGAAGCAGAACUCAAAUUACUUCUUAUCAUGCAGUCUUUACUAUCUCCAAGAAAACCAAGGCAUAAUUUGUGUGUCCAAGAAAAUAAUAUCAAAGAUAGCCUCCAGCUAGACAGAGAAAUGGUAAUAGACGCAACAAUGUUUUUGUGGCAAAAGUGUAAGGCAGGAAUUCAGAAGAUCCUAGAGAGUGGAAACAACUACUUGAAGACUGCUCGUAAAUACCAAACCUCCAAGUGGGUUCAUAUACUUUAUAUUAUUAAUGAAGUAAUUCACAUGAUUAAUUUUGGAGAUGCUAAUGCUGUGGUGAUGGCUGAAGUUGCCUUACGUUUUACUGAAGUGAUGGAGAAUACAGCCGACUACACACUCAAAUCUGAAAACCUAUCAGUAAGAGAGAAAAUGGACUCUGUACCACUAUCAGAAUUCUUUAUUGGAGAUAUGCCUUCAUUGAUGCAGAGAUGCCCUUCAGAACAGCUGCUUUUAGCUUAUGAGUGUCUGGAUAAAGCAGUUAAUGCAAUGACACAUGCUCGCUCAGUUUUACCUGCUGGGACAUUGGUGUUGGAUAACUGCUGCAAAAGGACCAUCAAGAAGGUCCAGGGUCGCUACACAGAGCUGACUUUAAAUAAGCAAAAUUUGAAUGGGUCUCCAGAAAAUGAAGCUGCCCAGAAAUCAAUGAUAGGAAACAAUUUUAUUAUGGAUUUACAUCUUGAACUUAUUCUGGCUCAGCAUCGAGUAGCUAUUAAACUAUUUAACUUGGCACAAGACAUUCCAAUGAAUGAUUCAGAUGAAAUGAAAGUAGUACUAGUGUUGCAGUGGGAGCAUGGAUGCAGGACUUACAUUGAAGUUUAUGCAUUACAUUGUCUUAAUUACCACAUUUUGCACAAGGAAAAUUUAUUACCUCGCUUUAAACAUUGUUUCACAGAACAAGAUGUAAUGAAUAAAAUAAAAAAGAAUAAAUUGUCCAGAGCUCUUUUCCUGAUGCAGAAGGCUGUACUUUUGCUUCCAGCAGAAUUAGCCAGUUCUUCCCCAAAACAGCUUCUUGAGGAAGCAUUUGUUUUAAUCCAGAAGGCAGAAGCAGAACAAAAUGCAUUAUGUACUAGUCUCCAGCAACUUGCAGCUACUGUGAAAAGCAAAGUUCCACCUCCUCCUGUAUUGCUUUCCAGAUCUUACAGUUCCGUGUCAUUUAAACCCGCUCCAUUUACUUCAGAUGUGAAGGUUUCGUGGUAUGCUGUUUUUGGAUGUGUAGCACAAGGAAGCAUACCAAAAGUCCGGUUAAAUAACUACAGUCUUAAGAACACUGCAGAACUGGUACAAGCUCAUGAAAACUGUGUCUUAGAAGUAAAAGAUUUAGAACCCAAUGAAAUGUACGUAUUUGCAGUUGCAGCGUAUUCCUCAGAUGGAAAACUCAUUGGUAAUGGCAUUGGGGAAACAACAAAGCCAGUUCUUGCAUACCCACCUCUUUCUGCUGCUACCGCCAGAGCAUACCUGAUUCAGUGUGCUUUUCAGAUUGAGAACUAUACAUUAUCCAAAAAGGCAUUUCAGCCCCUAUGGGAUUAUUUUGUUUCAGCACCUCAUUCUCCUGUUGCUGAUGCUGAAAUUGUUUCUAUAAGCAGCAGUUUGACCAUAUCUCAGUACAGAUUAAUUCCUGAUACAGUACAUCAUGCUUCUCCAAACCUCUUGUAUCUGUUUCUCAGGAGCAUUUUUAUUAUCAAUGACAUCCAUGUGACUGAUAGAGCUCUCUUCUCUGAUUCUGUUUCUUUCAGUGAACUAAAAUAUAGCAGACAGGUUGCUAGGUUAGCUGAAUGUGAGAGGAUGCUAAUGGCACUUGAACUCAGUAACUGGUUGAAUGAUGUGCAGUAUGCCUUGCAGUCUGUUGUUCAUUGUUAUGGCCUUAUAGCUCCCCUGAUCUUUCACAGGAUUCAUUCAGUCCCACUCAUUCAGGUUCUCAUUAAGUGUCUCACAGUUCUUCAAGAAAUUCCUUGUAGUACCCUGCAAAGAAAAUCGGCAGGGUGUUAUGAGAACAUUCAGCACAUGAUAGCUUGCUCUUCUUUUUUCACAGCUAAGGUACUGCGGUCAUGGAAAGAAUAUGAAUUAGCAAUAGUUAUUAUCAACUAUGGGAAAAGGUUAUUGGAUCCCUCACAGCCCACCACCCAGGUACCUCCACCUGGAGAAGGAGCAGAUGAAAUACUAGAAGAUGAGACUCCUUCCAGAAGGUUGAGGUCACAAAUAGCUGCAGCUGAAAAAGUAAAUGAGAAUUUAGAGGCUCUGGAAAGCACAUUGCUGAAACUGACAAAACCAGGACAAGAACUUACAGGAGAUGAAGAUGCACUGUUAUUGUAUCCUGUUGUUAAAAAUUGGCAUACAAAGAUUGCUUAUAAAGAAGUCCUGAAAUUUAAGAAGAACCCCCGCUUCCUUGAAUUUUUUGUACAGUUUUUGCUCCGAGCUGUUAAUGAAGAAAGGUUUUCACGAAUAAUCGAGUGGGCAGAUGAAACACAAGACUACCUUAAAAAGAGACAAAGAGAGGAGUUGCGAAGAAUAGCUUUCUGCGUACUUACACAAAAGCUGAAUUAUUUUUCCAAUGUCUUCUUAAAACGAAGAAGGUUCCAUCAUGUUUGCAUUGAAGAGAUGCCAUGGAGAGCGCAGAUGAACAUUUAUCUAGCAGUUGUCCAUUUCAUUUUGUUUAAAAAACGGAUGGAAGAGCUCUAUACCUUUGAAAUGCAUUCUUUACAAAAUUUGAACAGGUAUGGAGUUCUAGACCCUGAAAAAUUCUCCUUAAACAGUUCAGGCACCAUAGUGGUGUGGGCAGCAAUACAGGAAGAAAAAAAGGUUAAAAGCUCUCCAGUUGUAAAAGGUUCGCCAUCAGGAAAAUUCAGGAAAAAAACUGAUGAGGCUUCUGAGUAUAGCAUUAAGUUGAAUGAAAAACAUCCUCGAUGCCAAUCAACAAGUGAAAAAAGGAGUAGCACAGUCAAGGAACGUGAACGAGCUCUAGCUUUUGCUGCUAUGCUAGAUCACUUUAAUAAGCUAUUUCUGCAUCUCAGAAGAGCUGUGGUUAUUGCUCAUCGUGGUGGCCACUGGACAUUGCUACAGAAUGCUUGCCGAAGCCUUUGGAACUAUACUCAGGAAGUACGGUUGAUCACUAAAAAUUUACAGUCUUUACACGGACCGUUUCCUAUUACUUGGGAUCUUUUCCUUAACACCAUCUGGCUACCAUACUACCUGGCAUCAGAUUCACUGCUUGAUAUGAUAGUUGAUCUCCAGUCCAAUAAUUCUGUUAAGAUUAUUGAAGUUGAAGGAGAUUUCUGUGUUCCAAGUUGCAUAGGAGGCAUUGCUAAUGACGAAGGUGGUUUUAAUCUUUCUUUUGAAAAUCCAUUUGACGAUGUGAAUAUUGUUGACUUGAAAGGAAUAUAUGAUUUGAUCCUGCGAACUUUAGAAAUUCUGUUUCAUUUGAAGAAGUGGGAAUCCCUAGCAUACUUAGCCCUGCAGUUUAACACUCUCACACAUGAGAGAUAUACUGAGGUGGUGACUCCUUUGCUGGUGUUUGCCCAGAGACAACUGCAGGAAAGAAUGCAACUUCUUAGUGACUCUAAAAGCCCACAACUUGAUUCCAAGUCAAUUAUUUUUGUCAAUGAUACUGUAAACAAGGUACCCUGCAGACAUUUCAUUUCGACCAAGCUGCAUGUUGCUGGAAAACGUAAUGCAAGAUCUCUUGACCACCAUUUCCACAGCACAGAUGAAAAUCAAGCAAGAUCACUUGUUUCUGUUCCUGUGGAUGUGACAGAUUCACUAAAAUGUUUCCGAGAGAGUCUAGAAAAAUCAAAACACCAUAGCAGAGCCCUUAAAUAUAGCAGGAAAUUGCUUUCAUUAUUUCUUGCUGAUACACAAGAAGCUCUUCAAACAAAUGACCAGCAAGACCUCAGAGUGCAGGCACUUCAUGAACUUGGAAAUCUUCAUUUUUGUACGGGAAACAAAAGAGCUGCUUUCAAAUGCUGGUGUCAAGGCCUUGAUGGAGCCCUCAACAUAGUCAAUGCACUUCAUCACUGGCAUGAGCUAGCUGGCUUGUCAGAGAAUGACACUGGCAACUUGGCAAAUAGAUCUCAAGUUUACUGUGAGAAAUUCAUUGCUCGGGCUGGAAUUUGGGGGUGCAUACAAGGAGGUGUGUUAGCAGCUAAAAUUGCUCAGCACAUCUUAUUAGAGGAUGUAAAAUUAAGAACCAAGACCUGUAUUUUAUCUGCUGUUCUGUUCAAGUCCCUUUUUAGAGCUUCAUUACCACAUCCUAUAGCUGAUUGUGACUUCACACAGUAUGAGAUAGAGGAAUUAAUUCCUGGCAUUGAUUUGUUUGUGGAUAACUACAGAGCUGAUGUUGCAUCAGUUGUUGGAAGUCUGAGUUUCAUUAUGUUUGAACUGCAUUGCUGUAAGCAGAAUCUAAUAAUUUUGCCACUCUUUUCACUGUAUCAAUACUUUGUUUCUGAAGUUUGUCGGAACGCAAUUAAAUGUAUUGAAGGAAGGAUUCUUAAGAUAAAGGUGCUUACAGAUUUAGGAUUUUUCUCUGAUGCAUUCCAUGAACUGUGUACUGUUAACUUUGGAGACAAAGUCCCAUGGAAACUGCCUGCAGGCUACAAGUUUGUUCCAAAAUUGCAGGCCUGUGCAAACUUUGAUGAAUCAUUACCUCUCUUGGCGAUUGUGAAUCUAGAGGUGAUUGAAGAUGUAUUUAACAGGCCUCUUCAUUCAGUCUGGACUUCACUCUGUGAUUCACGAAUCAUGAAUAACUUAAUAUUGGCGAAAAUGCAUUUCAUUCUUUCACUGUCUGCAACAAUAAAUUGCAUUCCUGAAAAAGUGAUGAAAGCAACUUAUUGUGUGGACAGCGAUACCUUACGAAAGGGAGGCAAAACUGCACAUGCAGUUUUAAAAGUCUCAGAGCGGCAAGAAAGUGCAAAAGGGCUCUGCAAUGACCCCUCUUCAGUGGAGCUGCCUACGAUUGAGUUACUGGACUCGCCCAUUCAACAACUGAACCCCCUGGUAUCGGAGGUCUCUGUCGAGACCGGACCGAUCUUGGCCUCACCAUGGGAUAUCAAUGACAUCGACCCACAUAGGCCCCGUACAGAUCGCUCUCCUUUGGCUGUUUCUUGGGCAAAUGAUGGAUCUCAGCCGGACUCUCGAUAUCGACGAUCCAGAACCCCCAGAUGUGAGGGACAUCGAUCUGAAGAGUGCCUUGGGCACCGUCAUUCCAGACCCAUGCUCUCGUACUUGCCCAAACAGGAAUUGAGACUGCACUCCCCAACCUACUUCGACCCACCUGUAUCGUGGGACCGUAGGCACAACAUGUCUUAUUGGUUCACCUCGUAUCCAAUGUCGACAUCGAUGCCAUGGCUGACGCCUAGGUCACAGUCGGACUGGGACCAUGGGUCACGUCGUUCACGCUCUCUCCAAUGUAAAUCUAAGCCUUCCGUGUCUCAAUCCAAACCUCCAGAGGAACCUUGUUGCCCACCCUCUCCUCUCCGUUCCGCCCCUGCUUUACCACCGAAGGUCGCUCCGAUACCGAAUACCCCUGUGGCACCAGUAUUGCCUUCCAGUUCCUCAGUCUCCAAUACCGGCACCGAUGAUUCGGAACGCCUCGAGUCACCUGAGGAUCCUUCACCAAAGCCUACGGUGUCAGACAAUCUACCGAUCUCUCCUUCGGAGGAUCUUUCUUCAUACGGAGAUUUGGUCAAGAGGAUGGUGCAUUCCCUGGGACUGUCUAUAGUCCAACCCCAACCUUCAGUGUCGGACACUGUUUUCAAUGUUGUGCAGAUCAAUACCUCCACAUUGAUCGCCUUCCCGUUGUCGACCGUCCUCUUACAGGUGGCUAAGUCCCCUGCAGAAUGUAUGGACUAUGCAUCCCAGUUUGAAGGCAGGCUUGUCGAUAAGAAGAUGUCCUCCAAAAAGCCUCUGUCUUUUCCUGAAUUCUUCCAGACAUCUUCUGCUCUAGCAGGUAUUUUAUUGGCAGAAGCUGAAGAAAGGAUUAGUUCCAUUCUUGAAAGCAUGCAGAGCAAAUAUGACAGGGUGAUCUCUCGGUGUUCAGCAGCAGACUUAGAGAUUGUAAUUGAAGCCAAGCUUCAGCUUGCAGCUAUUGCACAACAAAGACUUCAAACAGCUUUCAGUGCUGCUUUGGCCUUUUCCACAAUAAAACUUCUUCAAGAUGCAGAUGUCUUCAAGAAAACAUCUGAUUUACCACAGGAUAAAGAGAAAAGAGAUGAGCCAAAUGAACAUGACAUUUAUAUUGAGGAUUCCCAUGUGUUACACAAUGUAAUAGCACAGGAACGUAUGAAUAUACAUCUAUGGCUGAGGUGUCGUCUGGCUUUAGUUACUGCAAUUACUGCACAGAUACGAGGCAUUGAAACAAUGACAGAAAAUGAACUGGCAGAGUGCUCAUGUCUGAUCAGUGAGGUACAAGUGGAAGCUGAAGCAUUUAAUGAUGUUGAGAUACUUGCUGAAAUUAUGAUGCAAGCUGUCAUGCUGGGUCUGCAAGAACGACAGCCCGUGACUGACAUUAAGCUUCAUUUACAGGAUAUCAUCAGAUUACUUGAAGAAAAGACGCUGAUUUCAUCUCCAGCUUCUUUAACAUUAGUAAAGAGUAUGCUUCUGCUAUCUGACAUAAUGAGGACACAAACAGAAGAUGAGUCAAAACAUAUUUCUAAAACUGAUCAACUAGAUUUAUUAAUUCUGGCACAUAGGCUUGUCAUUGAACAGUUAUUUAUUUUGGGAGAAUCGAUUAAACAAAAUGCAGAAGAGCCUACAUUUAUGACUCCAGUGCUGCCUUUGAAAAAUAUAUAUCUGCCACAUAUCAGAUUACUGGCAAAAGUCAAAAUGAGGAUUGGACAUACACUAGCUCUAGAAUUAUCUUGCUCACCUAAAAUAAAUCAGUUGCAGUGGCAACAAGCCCUUAGGCAUACAGAGACAGCGCUGGAACUUUGUAGAGCAUCAGUACAACGUGAAUUAGACCUGGAAGCAGAGAUUCUUUUUUGGAAAGGGAAGUUGGAGCGACAGAUCACUGUAAUCGGUAACAAUAAAUCAACAUCAGCUGUCGAGACCUUGCUGGAAGCUAUCAAGUUAAGUCUGCAAAAUUACCAAAAUUAUGGAUUAAUAAGAAGAUCAUACCUAGAGGUAGCAAUGCUAUAUUUUUAUUUAAUUACAGCCAAGAAGGAAUCCUUAAGUGCUGUAAAAGGAAAAGCAUUCAAAGCAAAGGCCACCAAUGCACACUAUGCAAGUUCUGACGAUUUCACAGCCAUGGAAAUGUAUAGAGUGCAGGCCUGGAUUGCAGUAAGAGCUGCUGCACAGGUCAGUGAAGCUAUUCUGUCUUACCAGAAAUUAAUUGGAAGGAAGGCUGUUAAAUUAUAUCAAGUGAGAGGAAGAGUACAGCGCAACAUCCCAGAAUUUGCCCUUCUGGACCUCGGUUCUUCCUAUAAAGACUUCUUGUCUGGUGGAUAUGAAGUUACCUAUAAAGUCCCUUCCAUAGGGUCUUGUGCACAAGGGCAAGAAGAUUGUGAUGCAGCUGAAAGUUCAUCAUAUGAGGAUAUGCAGGCCAGGCUGAAAAUAACCUGGGUCCACUUAAUUCGCUACAAUACCUACUUAAACAGGCUCUUGAACAUGAGCCCCUUGCUUGCUGUUCCAAAAGCAGGAGAAGGCUUAUUUGCUAAAGAGAAUGUGCUGUUCACUUCAGUAUUUGACAUAGGAACUACUCUACGCUUAGCUGAAAUGCAUUCUUUCCUGAAAACCCACUUGCCUAUAUAUUCUGCCUGCUGCCUUGAAGCUCCCCCCAAACAACUACACAGUUUUGAACAGAUGCGUGGUAGUACAAUUGCUCUUGCAAAGUCAACUUCAGAAUCUAUUGGAAUGUCCUAUAAACCAUCAGCCGCAGAAGUAUCUUCCUCUAGUUCUUGCAGCUCUCAGACCGAAGGUUAUUUUGACAACAAAGCAACUUGUACUUCUCUCAAAGAACUUUGUGUGCAGUGGUAUCUGCCAUCUGUGGAGAAAUCAUCAAAAGGAGAGACUAUGGUUUUGUUUGUUUAUGCUUACAAUGUAAAACCAGUCAAAAUUAUCAGCAUCACAAGUUUCCAUUCAGCCAAUGUGUUUUGUGGUUAUUUGUGGAUUCCACUGAAUAGUGUUGUUGCUGUGCGUGAAAAAUUGUCCAAUCUGAAACAAAAAAUUGAAAUGUUAAUGCACUCAACCGUGAGUUCUCGUCUGAUAAUCGAAACACACAGUUUUCUGUCACCAGAAUCCCGUAGUACUAUUGAAAGAGUGGUGAUUGAUAAAAAAACUGAGGAAAUGGUCAGGCAGUGUUUAUCAGAAAUCAAAUCCUUGUUGUCCAUUGGUCCAAAUCAACCAACUCCAAUUAGUGAGAUUCCAUUUGACAUCACUUUACCAGCAAUAAACAAUUUAUGGAAAUUAUUUGAUCCAGCUAAUGGUUGUGUGAUAACAGCAGGGAAUAUUUUCAACUGGAUAGUUUCUUUGCUCUCUUAA